GACUGCUUGAGAAGAUGCAGAUUACUAUUGUAGCCUUGUGUCUGCUGUUCCUGCAACAAAUUAUUGCCAAUGACAGAAUAGUAGAUACCACCGUGGUUUUGAGAAAGAAUUUGGACUUGGAAUGCAUAUACCAUGAAGAAGGAGUUAUAAUACAGUUUGAUUGGGCUAAAGUUGUUGAAUCUUCUGAAGAACAGUUGUGUUCUAUUAGUAGAACUUAUGGCAAAGACAUUACAGAAAAAUACAAGGGCAGAGUGAGGUUUCUUAAUGAAGGGUCAUCAAGUGAUGCAUCUCUGAGACUGACUGAUACUUCAGAUGAUGAUAUUGGUAUUUAUUAUUGCUAUAUCACCACUUUCGCAAAAGGAACAAUUAAAAAAAUAAUUGAUGUUCGAGCAGAUGAUUUCGGCAAAAUAACAGCAUCAUCUCACCGUACGUUUAGGAACCAUGAAACCAUAACUUUGAAUUUCCACUGCACUUUAAAAGCAAAAGUUAAACAAAUAACUGUGAAAAAACUUUCUCAUGGGAAGAUGGACACAAUCGCUUUUUGUAAUGAUGAGAUUCACACGCCAAGAUAUGGACUUAAUGACAUCAAACACAUUUCUCUCAACUGCUCGAGCCUUUGCAAUGUAACUCUUGGCAUUCAGAAUUUCACCAGCAAGGAUGAAGGGCUUUAUAUAUGUAAUUUUACCACAGAAAAAGGAAAUGAAGCCACUGUGGUAAAUGUGAGCAACGGUGAGUGAACAUAGGUACGUGCAAAUAUUUGAUUGGGCCGCAGAUUGGGAGCAGGAUGCUCUUUUAGACACCCAUUUAUAGAAAAAUACAUAAGAGCAGGGGUGCCCAGAUUUUGUCACCCUGUGAUCUACUCUUGCCAC